GGAAAUGGGAGAACAGCUGUCAAAUGACAUAACAUCAAAACAUCAACAAAGGCGCUCUUGCGCAAAAAGUGGAAAUUAUUGGGCGAGUAAAAUGAUAAAAAUUAGACGAAGGGAAUGAAAUAUUACAUUAAAAUCCAGUAACAACAACUGUAGUUAAGAAUGUUGACAAACAUAGUUCGUACUGCCUGUAGAUUACCGAUCAGGAAUGUGCUUUCCAACGUUGAUCGCCCGUGUUUAUCGGGUCCCCCGGUUCGAUGGUUUACCGGCAAAGGUUACGAUGCGGAACGAAAGUUUAAAAUAAGAUCGACAGUGUAUUAUGUGGCCGCUGCUGGUGUUUUAACCGUAGGAUUAAGCUAUGCCGCCGUUCCACUGUAUCGGAUGUUUUGUCAGGCUUACAGCUAUGGCGGGACCACCAGCCAGGGACACGAUGGCGAGAAGGUUGAAAGCAUGCAAAAGGUAAAGGAUAGAGUGAUAAAGAUAAAGUUUAACGCCGAUAUAGGAGCCUCGAUGCGGUGGAACUUUAAACCUCAGCAAACCGAAAUCAGGGUUGUUCCGGGUGAAACCGCAUUGGCGUUCUACUCGGCCAAAAAUCCGACGGACCAUCCGGUUGUUGGGAUCAGCACCUAUAAUGUGAUUCCAUUCGAGGCUGGCGCGUACUUCAACAAAAUACAGUGCUUUUGCUUCGAGGAGCAGCAGCUCAAUCCACACGAAGAGGUUGACUUGCCGGUGUUCUUCUACAUCGAUCCGGAUUUUAUAGAGGACCCUAAGAUGGAACUGGUAGACUCAAUUACGCUAUCGUACACAUUCUUCGAGUCAAAGGAUGGCGUGAACAUACAAAUGCCGGUGUAUGCAAAACAGCAUGGUUAAACAAGGAUGUGUUUUUUGAAAUGAUGUUAAA